AUGGUUCUUGAAGACGUUGAACCGGAGCUUAUGCGUCACCUCCUGGACUACUUCUACAAAGGCACCACUGAAUGGAAUGUCCCUCAAGCCGAUUUGGAACUAAAUGUCCGGCUCUGGAUACUCGCCUGUCGACUCCAGGCCAGAACAGUCAUGUUCACUGUUGAGAGGCGGAUUAUGACUGCGCUGGAGUCCUACGAGAGCAAGGUCCGUGUUCUCGUUUUUAUCGACAAGGUCUUCGCGAACUCAAUCUGUUCCAUGUCUGCUCUGGGAUACAUCGCUGGCGAGGCUGCCUGGGCUCUAUUCCUUGAUAAGAAGCGUCCUAAAGCAGCAAACUCCGUGAGCUUGGCGUCAAGAAAAUACCAAAGGCUGGCAAACAUGAUGCUCUGGUGGUCUUCUCAAUACAACAACUUCACUCAGGACCGUGGCAUAGUCCAGGUGGUCUCUACUGGCCAAGUAAGAGAAGCCAUUCUCACCGGGAAACUCACACCAACGUCGAGGACUUGA